AUACGUUUCCCAUUUGUUUUUCCUUACAAUUGCCUUUAAAAGCCCGUAAAGCUGCUGGUAGCACGCAGAGUUUUAGUCGCAGAAACCCCGCCUACGUGGACAGAUUCGAGGUUCCUAAAAAUGAAGGCUGCAGUUCUCGUUUCCCUUCUGACUCUGGUUGUCGCCGCUCCUUGCAUCGCUUACACCAUAGGUGAACUCAAGGAGAAAGAUGCACCCAACAACUCACUCAAGGAGACUGCAAGUUAUCUAAGAAUGGUCGGACACGUUUUGCAAGAAAAAAAUGUCACGAUAACAUUCAAUGCGCUCUUGGCUGAUCUGGCAGCCGAACUAGAGACCCUCCCUAACGAUGAUACACUACUGGAUGAAAAUACCUCCGAGUACUUCUUGAAGAAACUCCGCAGGGUAGUGGAGAACGUCGCUAAGGCCGUUGUGGUGAACCAAGCUGUGGGUGCCGUUGCUGGAUGGAUGGGAUAAAUGUGAAGCCGCUUUAAUCCUGCCCGAUACUUUAGGAAUAAAAUAAAUACAUGUCCGUGACAAAUUUCAUCUCA